UGCAUUGUCCAUAAACCCCUUCAAUCAACCUUCUUCAUAAACCCCAUUUUUCUUCUUCAUCUACUGCUCUUCAAUAAAGCACACAAAAUGGUACAUUUCCUUGCUCGAAGAUCAAAUUUACGAUCUCAAAUCCUCCGUCAAACCCCUAAAAUCUGUGCUUUCCUCUUCUCUUCCAAAUCAAACCCCCAAAACACCCAAAACUUCCCGCCAUAUUACCACAAAACAAGGGAAUCGAAUUUCCAAGAGUCGACAUUUUUGUUCGGAAAUGCAAUUCCACUGCUAAAUUUUUCUGGGUAUUCAACGAAUUUAAUAAAAAAUGCGAAAUUAUCAAGUGGGUAUGAUCAGGGAUUGGUAUUUUCAAGUGGGGUUCGAUUUUUUGCUACCCAAGCUACUGCGCCUGCAACUUCUGAUGGGUUAACCGUGGAAGGGAUUGUUGCUAGUCCAUGGCCAAUACUUGAUGAGGAUGAGGGUGAUUGGAAGAGCCAUGCUUCUGCUGUUGCGCAGUCUAUUCAUCUUAUUAAAAAGCGUUUGCAGUGGAAAAAAUUGCUGGUGCGCUUGGACUUGUUAUCAGUUGAGCUGAAUAAACCUAAUCUGUGGGAUGAUCCUGUUCAUGCUGGAAAGAUAAGUCGUGAGCAUGGUUCCCUCAUGGGUAAAGUCAAGGAGGUAAUGGAUUUUGAGCAGGAGUUGAUUGAGCAUAUUGAUAUGCUGAAGCUCGCUCGAGAAGAGAAUGAUUCAGAGUUGGAAUCGGAAACAAUGAAUGCUUUACUUAGAAUGAGAAGAGAUUCAAAGGAGAGAGAACUUGAAGCUAUGUUAGCUGGAGAGCAUGAUUCUGCUUCUUGUUACAUUGAGGUUCAAGCUGGAGCUGGUGGCACAGAGAGCAAUGACUGGGCUUCCAUGGUCAUGGAAAUGUACAAAUCCUGGGCUCAACGACGUGGAUAUCGAGUUACUCUUGUGGACGAAAUGCCUGGUGAAAUGGCAGGGAUCAAGCGGGCAACAAUCAAAGUGGAUGGUAAAUAUGCAUAUGGAUAUGCAAAAGCAGAAGUUGGGGUACACAGAUUGGUUCGUAUUUCACCAUUUGAUAGUGCAAAGCGCAGACAUACAUCAUUCGCUGCUGUAGCCGUUAUACCAAUCCUCAAAGAUGUAUCCACUCGUGUGCAAAUUAAAGAAUCAGAUCUCCGCAUUGAUCGAUAUCGUGCUGGGGGAGCUGGUGGCCAGUCAGUUAACACCACCGACAGCGCAGUCAGGAUAACUCAUAUCCCUACGGGGAUUGUUGCUACUUGUCAAAAUGAAAGAUCGCAGCAUCAAAACAAGGCUACAGCGAUGGCAGUUCUCCAAUCUCGUGUUGACCAGCUUGAGAUAGCUCGCCAAGCUCAAAUGAAUUCUCAGCAUACAGAAUCACUGACAGAGAUCAGUUGGGGCAACCAGAUUAGAUCUUAUGUUCUUCAACCCUACCAGAUGGUGAAGGAUUCUCGUACAAAUUACGAGGUCUCAGAUCCUGAAUCUGUCCUAGAUGGUGACCUUGAUGGAUUCAUACUCAGUUUUUUGUCUGCAUCAGUUGAUAAACAUGGAAAUAGUUUGUAGCAAACAUCAUUGACGUUGACGGGCUAAUGCUUUUUGUCAAUGCCCGAGAAUGUUCUUAUUCCUGGACAUUCGACCUCCACAUCUUAGUGGAGGAUCUUCAACGGGAGGUCUGGAGUCACUAGUUAACGGCGUAAUUGCAGAAAUGCUAUCAUUGAAUGUGCUUUACACAUUUUCUUACUACAGGAUCUACGAAAUAAAAGUACUCUUUACAGGGGAGAUUCUUGUAAUAGUUACUCGAAUCUUGUUGCAUGCUUUUUUUGGUGUAAAACUGUGCAAAGUAUUUGCAAAGCUAUAAAAUGUUACAUUUCAGUUGA